CCGCUGUAUAUUCAAAGGCUUAAGCAGAUUGAGGUUUCCUUCUUGUGCCCAAUUCUACCAUGUUCAACCUCAUGUGCCUAUUUUCAAGCGCAGUGUUUUUUAUAUGGCUUCUGCCAACGCAGUUCUCACUUCCAACUUGAAGGUACAACUUUGGAGGGGCGGCUCAGUCGUCGAGAAUGAAAGAGGUCGAACCCGGCCUUGGACGGCUCACUGGUUUCGUGCGUUCGGUAGGCAAAAUUUCGGUGACGUCGACCAAAGUUCUGGACUCCCUGAUUAUUCAGUAUCACAGAAAGCUCCACCACUGAUAAUUGCAGCACCGUUCUCAUCAGUAUUGCACCACUGCCUACACCAUCAAGCACCACCGUCGCCAUCAACGACGUCACCAUCAAGAUGUCUUCACCAUCUCGCCUCUCGGACAUCGAAAUCCCCGAAUCGGUCUGGCCUAAUCGCCCACGAGGCUAUCCGCCCGCCAUCUGGUACCUCGCACCAUACAUACCAGCCUUCAAGAUUUGGGAGGAACAAGGGGGCAUGCGGGAUUUCAUGGAAAAACAUGGCCUGGAAAAGUCUCUGAUGGAUUCCCGGGCACGUCGUGAGGUCCCGUACGACCUGGUUAAGGCCUGCUACGACAUGCUUAUGGAUCUUCCAGGGGUCCGCGAACUCUAUGCCGAGAUAUUGCACGAGCAUAACAGCUCGUACCCCCCAAACCCAAAUGCAGCCGAGAGCGCUAUGCACCUCAUGGCGAUUAUGGAGGGGUGGGACGACGAUAGUGAAGAAGAAGAAGAAGAAGCCGAGAAAGAAGAAGAAGCAGAAGAAGAAGGCAAAUCUGAGAUAGUAGAGAAAGAGGCGAUAACGUGCCUACAUGGGAACAUGACGGAACGACUGGAUUAUGCUACCGGAAAUGCAAGCCUUCAGAACCAAUAA